UCUAGCAGCAGCGAGAGGAGGUGCGAAGAGGACAGGGAGCGCCGCCUGCCCGCACAUGAUGUGGCUGACUCUUCUUUACAGCUGCAGCGGUGGAGCAGCUCUUCUGUAUGCUCUGUACAGAUGGGUGAUCCCCGCCGUUGUGCAGUAUCAUGGAGGACUGGCGCUGAUGUGGCAUGAUGUCAUCGUGGAGAGGAUGCUGGACACCGUGACCCAGUCCACACGUCCUCAGCGGCUCCUGGGUGCAGUACAGAAGAACGCCACUAGAGGGGACCCUUGCAGCGUGAUCCAGGCCAUAGAUCACUUCUGCAGAAACAAGGAGUGGGCCAUGAAUGUGGGGGAUGAGAAAGGCUGCAUUCUCGACUCAGUGGUGUCUGAGGUAAACCCAGCCACGGUGCUGGAGUUGGGAACCUACUGUGGCUACUCCACGGUGCGGAUCGCCAGGCUGCUUCCUCCUAACGCCAAGCUCAUCACUCUUGAAUUCAACCCAGACUUCGCCGCAAUUGCUCGCCAAGUCAUUGCUUGGGCAGGAUUGGAGGAGAAGGUCCAGUUAGUUGAAGGUGCAUCUGGUGACUGGAUCCCCAGAAUGAAGGAGCAGUUCGGGGUGAAAACAUUUGAUUUGGUUUUCCUGGAUCACUGGAAGGACCGUUACCUUCCCGACACAAAACUGAUGGAGGAGUGUGGCCUCCUCAGGAAAGGCAGCGUCCUGCUGGCAGACAACGUCGUCUUCCCCGGUACUCCAGACUACCUGGAAUUUGUCCGGAGCAGCCCGCGAUACGAGAGCCAGUACUUCAAAUCUCACCUGGAGUACACCAAAGUGGAGGACGGCUUGGAGAAAUCCGUCUUCUUAGGGUAGUUUUUCACAAAAAAUGUAAUGUUUUACACAGGUACUAGCAGACCUCUGACCUCUGUUGUCUUGGGUUCACUGAGCAGACUUAAAAUCAGGAGUUAAAUCUGUUUUUCUAAUAGGUCACAGAGUCUACAAACGUGAAAUUAAAAGUAUGUUGAAGGAU